AUGCCUUUAAAAACGCUCGACCCACUUCUUGGAAGCCCCGCACUCGAAGAUUCGUUGGGCACGAGCAUCGCCGCCACUCACCAUGGGCCACACCCUUUCAAGGUAAUCGAACACGAUAUACUGUAUGAGACGGAGAGGGAAGCAGUGCGCGCGCAGGCCGUGCUUUGUCUCGCCUGGUCUCUUGUUCUUAAUGACUAUCAAAGUCACAGCAAGAUUAGCUUUGGUGUUCUGAAGCACUCUUGUCAUCAUCGGAGCCUUAAGGAGACUAUCCUGCCGUUCCAUGUCGAUCUCGACCUGCAAUCGCCAAUAGAGAAUGCUCUAGCAGCCGUGGAAGACAUGGGGACUACACUUGGAACGAAAAGUGGCAGUCCAUUGGCAAGUCAGUUCCAAAGCGUUCUGGUGAUCAAUGAGGAAGAGACGACAGCUUGCCGAGAAAAUGAACUUACGGGGUUCGGCGAGGAGGUUGCAAACAACGACGUGCAUAUGACGAUAAUCUGCCGUCUACAAAAUGCCGGCAUCAGGAUCAAGGGACUUUUGCGCUCGACAUUGAAGUUUCCCCAAUCGGAAAGGAUGAUGAUUCACCAGCUGGCCUAUACCGUCAAGAGAAUCCUCUCCAGUAGCUCUGACGCUCUUCUUUGUGAUGUCAGUGGAGUUUGCCCCGAGGGCCUCGAGCAAAUACUUGGGUGGAAUGACCCCUAUUCUUCGUCUGCUCCUCCUCCCACCAAGGACGAACUUGUGCACGAACAUUUCGCGGCGAUAUGUCGGCAGCAGCCGGAGGCAACAGCGAUUGACGCAUGGAAUGGGAAGCUCACUUACGGUGAGCUAGACCGAAUUUCCACAAUCGUCGCGUCGAGGCUCGCCCACAGUGUCCGGCCGGGAAGCUUUGCCUGCGUUCUCAUGGAAAAGUCCAUGUGGGUAUCUGUGGCCAUGCUGGCAGUCAUCAAAGCUGGCUGCGCGUUUAUCCUGCUCGAUCACGCUCAGCCAGAUCAGCGACUGCAAACAAUUUGUACCCGUUCAGCGGCGGCUGCCAUUCUGUGCUCUGAACAGCUCGAACAGCGAGCAGCACAGUUUGGAGUAUCUUGUGUGCUUUGCCUCCCACUGGUGGAACGGGAAUCGUCAGCGGCUGAAAAGCUAUCGACUGACGACACAGCUGCGUUGCCUCCACCGGAUGCGCUCCCACCAGCUUCAACCUCCUUGUUUGCCAUUUUCACAUCCGGCUCGACCGGUGAGCCGAAAGGGGUUGUGUGCAAUCACACAUCAUGGUCCAGUGGAGUUGCGAGGAUGUCUAGCGGCACAUAUAUCACGAGGGAGACGCGGGUCUUCCAGACGGCGUCACCUUCGUUUAUCAUUACUCCGAUCAAUUAUUUGACUGCGCUACACAGUGGCGCCUGUGUAUGCGUGCCAUCCGAGGAGCAGCUCCGCAACGAUUUAGCAGGGGCAAUCCGUGAGGCGGGCGCAACUUCGGCGAUCAUGACCCCCUCCAUGGCCAGAGUCAUGGACCCCCGAGAUGUCUCGUCGCUGCAGACAUUGUUGUUGGUUGGAGAAAAGAUGACCAAGUUCGACAUUGAAAGAUGGCAAGGACUCCGGCUGCUCAGCCUGUACGGACUCUCGGAGGUUGUGGUGGCGGGCGCUAUUUCGCACAAAUUCAGUGUGGAGAGCGAUCCGGCUGAGAUAGGAAAACCGAUUGCCACGAGAUCAUGGGUCGUCUGUCCUGAUGACCAUAAUAAGCUGAAGCCGGUUGGGGCGUCGGGCGAGCUCCUCAUCGAAGGUCCAUCAACCUGCAACAAAUAUCUCAACGACCCGGAGAAAACCAACAAAACGUACAUCACCGAUCCCACCUGGUGUCGAUUUAUCUCUCCUGGGGCGCCUGAGCGCCGCUUUGCCAAGACCGGGGAUAUUGUCCGCUACGUUGGGCCGGACGGAGCGCUCCAGUACAUUGGCCGAAAGAAUACUGAAGUCAAGCUACGAGGCCAACGCAUGGACCUCUCCGAGGUCGAGUAUCAUGUGCAGCAGCAGUUCCACGACGGCACGGAGGUAGCAGCGGAGGUGGUACUUCCGAAAAAUGGGGUCUUGUCCGAGCAUGCAAUGCUUGUGGCCUUUAUUUCCGUCCAGCAGAAGCAAGGCGCCCGGCGCGUAGUUGACUUUGUUUUGGCGCGGACAACGCCAGAAUUCAAACGAAAAGCGCAGCAAGCAAUCACACAGUUGAAGCAAAGUCUCCCCAGUUUCAUGGUACCCACGGCCUUUGUCAGUCUCGAGCAUCUGCCCUUGACGGCCUCGGGCAAGUUGAACCGACUUAUCCUCCGUGAAUCUGCAUCCAACAUGUCCCGCGAAGAGAUAUUGUCUUGCUCUCAAGAUGUCAGUGCUACGAAGACCCAAGCAGCGACAGCCGAGGAGGCGAUCCUCCAGAACGCGUGCGCACAGGUGCUGGCGCAACCAGCGGAGACCGUCGAUGUCGAGAGCAGCUUCUCCACUUUGGGAAUGGAUUCUUUGGGUGCCCGGCAUGUCGUGUCCAUUUGCCGACAGCAGGGCUUAUUGCUGAAUGUUGCCGAUGUGUUCAAUGCUGCAUCGAUACAAGAGCUGGCGGGUACGUGCUCCAGCCGCGACAUAGGGCAGUACAGCAACCCACUUACAGAUGAUCAAUUCGGCUUGCUUCAAUCGGACUUCCUGAGCAGUCCUCAAGUGCCUCUUGUUGGAGGAGCAAAUAUAGAGGCGGUUUUUCCAACGUUAUUAGCUCAAUCCAGGGCUGCAAAGGCAAUUGACUAUUUUUUGGUUCAUCUGUCCGGCGACUUUGAGCAGGACCGGUUUAACCAGGCUUGCGAAACGCUAGUUCAGUCUCAUGUGCCCUUGCGCACUCUCUUUGUACCAUUCAAUGACCAAUUGCUGAACGUGGUAUUCCGCCAGCUGGCGCCAGAUAUCAACCACCAUGUGGUUUCAACCGGCACAGAUCUCGCACACUGGGCCCGGGAAUUCUGCUUGCAGGACCUGCACAAGCCACACCCUCCGCAUGAGCCAGUAGUCAAAUUCCUGGUAGGUGCACAUGCGGAUCUGCCUCAGAGCCGCGUCCUCAUCAUUCGGCUUAAUCACGCAUCGUUUGAUGGUAGCUGUGUCUGGCGAAUAAUAUCCGAUCUGGGCCUUGCAUAUGAGGGCUCGAGGAUAGAAGUCGCCUCCGACUUUCCCCAGUUUGCUCGCCAAACAUUCCAGCAAAGAAAGCUGCAGCAGUCCAGCUCGAAAGUUUACUGGACGAAGCUCCUCACCGAUGCUACAAUCACGCCAUUGCCCGUCUCGCAGGUGGCCGAUAAUCGUGACAAAAGAGCCACUCCGACAUUCGUCACUCGACAUCUACCAGUGCAAUCCCCUCCACCACAGGGCAUAUCCAUGGCGACCGUCGCCAAAGCAGCGUGGUCUUACGUGCUGCGCAAGCACAUGGGCACUGACGACGUUCUGUUCGCCCAGGUCAUCAACUGUCGUGACGUUGUAAUUCUUCCAGGUGCAGAGGACGUCCUAGGGUCCUGCCACAACUUCUCGCCCGUCCGUGUCCGAUACCCAGUGGCACCACAGUCACCAGACUCCAUUCGAAUCCUCCAGGAUUUGCAGGAGCAGCACGCUCAGUCGCUCACUCACUGCUCGCUGGACUGGGAGGACGUUGCCAGCAAUUGCACCUCCUGGCCGGUGAAUACGAUGCCCACGUUUUACUUGGCCUAUCAGGAUCUCCGCCAGUUCUCGGAUCAAGAGUAUGGCGGGUUGAGCAUUCGAUUUGGCGAGCACGUCUGCGACCACUCUCCGCCGGGUGAGGCGUGGCUUGCCGUGACACCGGUGGAUAAUGCUCUGCGCGUGGACUUUGGGACGAUGAGCUCGGCAAUGGAGCAGGAAACAGCGGAGAUCUGGAUUUCGGAUUUCUGUGAAUGUAUUACGGCAUUGUUGGAGGGGGUGCCUUUGAAGUAA